CGAUUUGAACCAGAUUGAGCGGUGGCUGGUGAGAGGGGAAUGAGUGGCGGAAAGUUUUGCAUUUUUUCUUGGAGUAGGUACGUGGGAACGCUAUGGAGAUGCCGGUUGGUUUUCCUGUUGGAUUCUGAGUUUGCGGGUCGCAGGAGCCUAAAUGGCCCUGGGCCCAUGUACUGUCCCACGGCCUCGCGAAAAGCAAGUGGUCGACCGGAUGCUGUUUCCCAGUUCGCGAGCCCCUCGGUUUGUUGAGCCCGACUCUUGGAGCCCGACGGCCGGGCCGCCUAGGCGCGAGAGCUAGUGAGGAAGGGGAUUCAGCCUCAGAAGAAAACCGUCACCACACUCAUGGCGGGGAUUUUGUGCUCAAUAGUUCAGAGGGCCCCAGGCAGACUCCAAAUGAUGACAAAAGGUAUGGAGUCUCUUAUUUACAUGGAUUGGAUUCGUCACAAAUUUACCAAGUCAAGAAUUCCAGAUAAAGUAUUUCAGCCUUCACCUGCAGAUCAUGAAAAAUAUGGUGGGGAUCCACAGCAUCCUCAUAAACUGCAUAUUGUUACCAGAAUAAAAAGUACAAAAAGACGUCCAUAUUGGGAAAAAGAUACAAUAAAGAUGCUUGGACUAGAAAAAGCACAUACUCCUCAAGUUCACAAGAAUAUCCCUUCAGUGAAUGCAAAACUGAAAGUGGUUAAACAUUUGAUAAGGAUCAAGCCCCUGAAGUUACCCCAAGGACUUCCAGCAGAGGAGGACAUGUCCAACACGUGCCUCAAGAGCACUGGGGAAUUAGUGCGGUGGCAUCUAAACCCCAUAAACCAAGAAGCAGUUAAGUCCUAAGGCUGGAGCAGUUUCAUAUUAAGAAAUGUAAAUCAUUGUGUUCUCAUUAAAAUAUAUUUUAAAUACUA